AUGACCAUAGAAACCCGAUCGCGGACGAACAGUCCAGUCAAGAACUCCACGGAGAUCCCGACUGCAGAAAGCAAUCCGCAAAGGAAACCUCUGCAACAUUUUAUCCUUCCGAAAGAUGUAUCUGACCGCGCACGAUUCAUCUUGUUGCGGCAUCCCCGAGACUUGACUACACAGCGCUUUCUCUUUUGUCCCGAGAAUGGAUUGUUUCAAUUCACCAAAAUAAAUGCGCCAUCCAACGACCCUCGGAGCCUGCUUUUUGCUGGUUGCGGCGCAGGAGGAGAGAUCAACUCCACAGCGGGGGAGUCAACUGGGAUCAAAUCAAAAGAAGCAUUGAGCAAUGGCUACGUAAGCCGGGGCGCAGAAUUCUUUGUGGCAACCCCAUUUGACCUUGCUUUUGUCUUGAUUCCCCUCGUCACACCAGCAAAGACGCCGACCGAGAAAAUGCUCUUUCAGCCUCUCGAUGACAUCCUUGAACAACAUACUGAGGGAGACAAGCAUCUGCGAUACAUUUGUGAGCAAGGACGAACGAUGAUUGGGGAGGCGAUGUCGAAGUUUUGUGACACCAUUGAGGCUGGGGAUGAGCAGAUGUACAGACCGAACGAGAACAAGACUUUGAAAAUGAUAAUGGACAAGGCCGAAACUGCGAUAAGAAAUGGGUUGCCAGCCAGUUUGGAGGACCAAUUCGUAACAAGGGUAUUGGAAACACCGGUGCUGAGCGUGAAACGGGAAGAAACCAUUAUGUCUACCCGGUCAGAGCCACUUGCGCUCGAUGGAAACGAUUCUGCCUUGGAAGGCUUUGAUUCACAGUCGUCUGCGGAAAGCUCUGCACCAUCGGCGGUCUUUUCAGAGGUCUCUACCACCAGCUCCAUCAGCGCUGUUGUUCCUGGUGCAAUGCCCCCAGAGCUGCGAGAUCUACAGAAACAGAGCAUUGCUCUGGAAUUUAUCCUGGCGUCAUAUCUGCCAAGCUCAAUAGCAGAGCGGCUGAAAGCGAGCCUUGCUGCUAAGAACUCGCCAAUCAAUUUCACACCACUUGAAGAACAUCUCAAGUCCCUGGCUGCGCUCAGAGCGGAGGCAUGGGCAUCAAGAUCAAUGGGUGACUUUAGCAGAAAAAGAGACGUGGAGGAUGAAGAAGCCGCGGGAUUGAGGGCUGACAAGAAAAGAAAGCAGGAGGAAGAGGACCGGAAGAAGAAAAUGGGUGAAUCGAAAGGAGUAAGGGAGUUGAAGAAGGUGAAUGUGUCUGGUAUGAAGAAAAUGAGCGAUUUCUUCGCCAAAAAGCCUGCCGCGAAAGCAAAUGGAUGA